AUGACCAGACUUGCAUCGUGCGCGCUGAGGUCGGCUCGCUCCGUGAGCGCUUCGAGCGCCGCGGUGGCGCCUCUGCGACGGGGUGUCGCCGCCCCUCCCCUGGCCGCCCUGGUGGCGAUGGGGAGAGGGCGGCCGAGCCCGAGCUCGCGACGAGGCUAUGUGUCCGAAUCGAAAACGGACCACGCCAAGGUCGAGACGGCCAUCAAGCUCGACAAGAAGGACUUUGCCGACGUCCCUCCCCCUCCGAUGGGGGCGCCGACCGACGGCUCCGUCAGCCCCAUCGCCGAGGUUCUCCGGCAAGCGGCGGUGAUGGAGGAAGGUCAGAGGCCCAUCUACCUCGACAUGCAGUCCACGACGCCGGUGGACCCCCGCGUCCUCGACGCCAUGAUGCCCUACUACGUCGGCGUCUACGGCAACCCUCAUUCCCGGACGCACGCCUACGGCUGGGAGAGCGAGAAGGCGGUCGAGGAGGCACGCGAGCACGUGGCCAAGCUCAUCGGCGCCGACGCCAAGGAAAUCAUCUUCACGAGCGGCGCGACGGAGAGCAACAACAUGAGCAUCAAGGGCGUCGCUCGAUUCUUCGGCCGGUCGGGCAAGAAGAAGCACAUCAUCACGACGCAGACGGAGCACAAGUGCGUCCUCGACAGCUGCCGGCACCUGCAGGACGAGGGAUUCGACGUCACCUACCUGCCGGUCCAGCACAACGGUUUGGUCAGCAUGCAGGAGCUCGAGGCCGCCGUCCGGCCCGAGACGGCCCUCGUCAGCAUCAUGACGGUCAACAACGAGAUUGGCGUCAUCCAGCCCAUCGCCGAGAUUGGCAAGCUGUGCCGCGAGCGCAAGGUCUUCUUCCACACGGACGCCGCUCAGGCGGUCGGCAAGAUCCCCCUCGACGUGAACGGCAUGAACAUUGACCUCAUGUCCAUCUCCUCUCACAAGAUCUACGGACCCAAAGGCAUCGGCGCCUGCUACGUCCGGAGACGACCGAGGGUCCGGCUGGACCCCCUCAUCACGGGCGGCGGUCAGGAGCGAGGACUCCGGAGCGGCACGCUGGCACCGCCCCUCGUCGCCGGCUUUGGCGAAGCCUGCCGCAUCGCCGCGCAGGAGAUGGAGUACGACUCGAAGCGGAUCAAGCACCUUUCCGACCGACUCCUCAAGGGCCUCCUGUCGCUAGAGCACACGUCGCAGAACGGCGACGCCGACGCCUUUUACCCUGGCUGCGUCAACGUUUCCUUUGCCUACGUCGAGGGCGAAUCUCUCCUCAUGGCCCUCAAGGACAUUGCGCUCUCGUCCGGCAGCGCCUGCACGUCGGCCUCGCUCGAGCCGAGCUACGUCCUCCGCGCGCUCGGCAACAGCGACGAGAGCGCGCACAGCAGCAUCCGCUUCGGCAUCGGCCGCUUCACCACCGAGGCCGAGAUCGACUACGUCCUCAAGGCGGUUCGGGAGCGCGUCAACUUUUUGCGGGAGCUGAGCCCGCUGUGGGAGCUGGUGCAGGAGGGCAUCGACCUGAGCACGAUCCAGUGGAGCCAGCACUGA